AACAGGUAUUUGAACCUGACAUCCUUCAGCAAUCUGCUUUCUGUGUGGAUGUAACGAGUAUAAGUAGUCUGAGAAGCGAUAAAAUUAUAAUUCCAUACUUUUUGGAACUCUUUUAAGGCGCUUUCAAAAUCAUCCGACAACACGAAACGCUUGUUCAGUAUCAUACUUCGAAAGGCAUCGGUUAGGUCGACUGAAAUGUCACUUGAGCAUGAAGCACUAAAAACAGACAUGACUAAUUAUUAAAAAGUUAUUCCUUGCAACAAUAAUAACCCAAGGAAAUACUACAAAUACUUAGGAUUUACCUGUGACUUGACAUUUCGUUGAGCUUUACUACAGUUGUUGGGAUCACAGGUCAAAUUACAAAGCAACAACGGAGCCAAAGUGUACACUACAAAACAGAGAACGCUAAAUUAAUGGUUUUGGUAUUUAUUUCGUGCUUUUUUAUGUAGCAUAAGAUGACUUAUAUAUGAAAAAACUUGAUACUCAUGCAAUCCAACCAACCUACGGCAAUUGAAAUACGGAAUGACCGCCUCUAGUCAAGCCGUUCAAGGUCGUUGAAACGAAAGGGCGGGUACAUUUCAAAAGGACCUAACGUUUAAACCUUGCCCUUUUCAUCUAUCCUGACUUUUAAAGCUUUACAGUUAUCUAUGCUGGACAUGUCGAAUCUUCCAGACUUCCAGAUUACAAGAUAUAAAAACAUUCAAGAAGACUAUUAAACUGACUAGAUCGAGUGCAGUCAAGUAGCCAGAAUACUGCCCAUUGGACGUUAUUAAGGACCUUGAACGGUACCACAACACCAAGGAGUGAGCUCCGUAUGAGAUUUUCUCAGGUGUUUACAUCUAAUGUCAGAACUGUUAUUAUUGGACCUCCUGGUUCAGGGAAGGCUACCAUCUCUUUGCGUUUACAGAAAGACUUUGCUUUGAAAUAUAUCUGCUGUGGCGAUAUGCUAAGAAACCAUGUUGCUUUAAAAACAGAUAUUGGGACGCAGGUAAGCAGGUUUGUCCAGAAUGGUUCACUUGUUUCGGACAGUUUAGUCACUAAAAUGAUGAUUGCUGAGUGUCAAAGUUAUGCAAGCGAUAACUUACUCAUUGAUGGAUUUCCGAGAACUAUGAUACAAGCUGAAGACGUUCAAAAACAACUUCCUGUCAGCUGUGUUCUUUGCUUAGAUGUACCCUUCGAAGAAAUCAUAAAUAGAAUCAGUGGGAGAUACACUCAUGUCCCAAGUGGUAGGACGUACAAUGAUAAUUUUAACCCUCCGAAACGCAAAGGAUUUGAUGAUGUGACUGGAGAACCUCUAAUACGCAGAGAUGAUGAUGACCUGAUAACUGUUCGUAAACGUUUGGAUGUUUAUCAACUUUCUACUUUACCAUUCCUUGAUUAUUACGGAAAACAGAAGAUUUUACAUAUAUUCCAUGGAUGUCGUACAAAUGAAAUUUGGCCUCAAGUGUAUAAGAUUUUCUCUCAAUUUGUUAAACCUAUACAGUGUGUUACUUCAUUGGUAUCCUUUGGACCGGUCCCCUGAAGGGACGCAGCUCGACUGCCAAAAAUGCUAUCAGACGGGUCUAAAAUUGAAUCAAAUUUUUGAUGCUCAUGAUCAAUAGUAAUAUUCAAUUUUUAUAGAAUUGAAGUUCAUUUUUAUUCUUAUUUAAACCGUGUUUUUAAAACCUGUCUAUACU